AUGUUCAAAAGAGUCGCUUCUGCUGUGGGAAGUAAGAAUCGCAUCAGCAGCAGUAUUUGCUGCCAUACUUCUACGAUGACGAGCACCACUACCUCCGUGAGAAACAACACACAACAACAACAACAAAAACGACUCUAUCAAACCACUUCUUCUUCAAAUAUUUUCAAAACCACAAAGCCUGUCUUGUCUUUGAAAAAACAACUAGGAGUACAGUCAAAGGUAGCAAAGGAAGAACAAGCGGUAUCAUCAGCAACCGUGGCUGAGGAUAUGGAGAAUUUUCAAAUGGAUGCCCAUCCAAGAGACUUCAACAGAGCAAUUAUAGACGAAAUUUACUCUGGAGAACUCUUUGAUAUCUACAGCAGAAUGCCUUUGCUCAUUAAAAGAGAUAAAAAGCAAGGUGAUGUGCCCUAUGUUGAAGAACCAGACCUUGCUCCUACUUUUUCGGAUGAGUUUGGUUUGGGAACCAAGGAAGAAAGCGAAGAAGAUUCCGUGUUUGAUGGUAAUACUAUUGCCGAUUCAUUGGAAAAGGAAUUGAGAAGAGGAGAACAAUAUGAAGAAGAGAAGCCAAGAAAGGAACAAAAACAUAUUUCUUAUGUGGAGCAAGUUGUAAAGGAUACGAACCAAUUUCUCAAAGAAACCGAGGAGUUUACUCUUACUGAAGAAGAGGAGGCUGAAUUUAAAAGAGUUCAAGAGGAAGUAUCUGCUAUUGAUACAGAUGAAUUACGCAUCAUGGAAAAGAUUGUAGAUAGACUUGCUAGUAUGAACAACCGAGUUCCAAAGAGCAUUUUGAAUCCAAAGGCUGAAAAAAGCGCAGAAGACUUUAUUGCAACUCUUUCCGAGUUUUCCAAGCUGACUAGUGAAAUGAAGCCACUUGCAACGGCUGCAUUGUCUGGCAUGGCUACAAACCACACCGACCCAAGACAAGACUCCUCUUAUACGAGCUUUAUGAGUAACAUUGAUGAGCUUGCAAAAUAUCUCACAUAUCUCGGAUUGAAGAAUCACCAAGGCCCAAUUACGGAUGAUCUGGUACGAGAGGCUAAACUCUUUGGGUUUGACGUUAAGGAACUUCAAAAAGAUGUUAACGCUGGAAGAACAGUUCCAAUUCCAGACAAUUUUGGAAAAGUUUUCUCCCAAGAAGCAGUUGAAGAAUACACCCGUGGUAUAUUACAACUUCCAAUACCGCCACCAGUGACCUUAGACCUAGACGAAGACAAGACGUUGCAAAGAGAAGAUGUGAUGCGAUUGGGUGACGAGAAUGCCGAUGAAGAAGACGAAAAAGCCAAAACAGGUGUAGAAGAAAAUAUUGAGGACCUGGACGAAGAAGAAGAAUUUGUUGAUGAGGAAGAGGAAGCCAUAGAACGUCAAGAAAAGGAAAUUAAGGAACGAUAUAAUAACACUGAUUUGAGCUUGACUGAACAAUUUGACGUCCAAAUGGGUAACUCUGACAAGGUUAAUGAAGUUCUGGAGGACGAAAGAGGAAAAGAGGCUCCAGACGCAACCAGCACGUUUACUAACUUCAGAAAUAAGCCACAGUUUAACGAAAAGUACUCUAUUCCAACCUAUGUGAAUCAUGAAGAUAUAAAAAUUGCCAAAAAGUGCAAUGUAUUCGACGUGGCAAAACAAUUCGGAAUUAAGUUGGAGGAUGACUCAUUACUGACUGAUCUUUCUGAUUUGACACCUCAAGAGAAAUCCGAAUUUAUUGAAAAGCAAUUGGAAAUUGUUGAAAUGCCAUUCCAGUCUGUACAGGCUCAAAGAAAGGAAAUCAAAGAAAGACAGGCCAAAGAAAAGGGCGAAGAGAUCAAGACUGAAUAUGAUAAGCUAGAAGAAUUUUUGGAUGAUGAGAUCACCAGAGGGUUAACAUUAGAAGAACUUCCAGAAGAAGAUUUGGAAGAAGAAGAAGAAGAUCAAGUAGAAAAAGCUCAUACAUUUGUGGAUACUGUAGUAUUCAAGCAUGACAAUCCAUAUGAACCAUUCUUACUUGCCACUCAUCCACAUUUAUUUGUUAACGCUGACUCUCAUUUUUCUGAGACUGAUAUUGGAAGAUUAUUUGUUAUUACUCCAGAGAAAUACAAGAAGUACUUCUCCAUUACUGGAACAGGCGGCGAUUUGGACAAAUCUUUUACACAAAUUAUGCAAAGAGCUUUACUAGUACGAGAGCCCGUCUUACCAGUUGUUAAUGAGAUUCAAAGCUUGGCAAAGAAUAAGAGAAAGCAAACAACAGAUCCCGGAUAUUUAUUUACUGGUAUUCAAGGUAGUGGAAAGAGCGCUUGCUUGGCAACAUGUGUGUACAAUGCAUAUUUGAAUGGAGUUUUGGUCGUUCACAUUCCAUCAGCAUACCAUUGGACCUAUGGCAUCCACUUUGUUGAACCAUCACCUGUAUUACAAGGCUACUUUGAUGCUCCACUUCCAACAAGAGACUUUUUGAAGGCCUUCAUGUCAGGAAAUAUUGAAAUUUUGAAAAAGAUGAAGUUAAGCAGAACAUUCAACUUUCCUUUAGAGCCAGGACAAAAGAUGCCAACUACAUUGUACGAACUGUGUGAAUACGCGCUUUUGAUUGAAAGUAACAUUUCUGUUAUCUUCAAGUUCAUAAUGGAUGAAUUAAUUAAUGACAAGGAAACUCCAAUGCUGUUUGCUAUUGACGACUACAAUUUCUUGCAUGACUAUACAUACUAUCACUAUGGUAACCUUGACGAUUUUACAACAACUCCUCCACAAAGAGUGCAUGCAAAGAAUUACACCCUUGUUAGAGCUAUCAACAGAAUUAUUCAACAAAAUGCUCCAAACAAACUUGUUGUUGCUGCUAACACUAACAAAUAUAAGACUCCAAACAGAGUUUAUAUACCAAAGGAUGAAGUAUUGGAUCCAGUUUACGUUCCACCAAGAUACACGUACGAAGAACUUGAAAAUAUUGUCGAAUUUUAUCAAGCUUCUGCAUUUGUGUUUGGAGACAAGGAAGAUUUCAUGGAAGACUUGCUAUUUAUGAGUGGCGGUGUUCCUCACAGAGUGUUUAAGCACAUGACUUUACUAUAA